AAAAUCGUAUAAUUCAAAGCAUAGAUGUUAAUUCCAAAGAUGUAUAGGUGCACAUUACAAACAUGGACAAGCAGCAGAAGAAUGCCUCUUUGCUUGAAAUCGAUGAUAAUAUCAUAAGAAAACAACUACUUUUAGAGGGAGAUGUACCCAAAGAACUGGAGUCGCUCUUCCCCGCUUCCUCCGCAUCCCAGAGGACAGAGACGAUUAAACCAAAGCCAGGAAUUUGCGUGAAGACACGAAAUGAAGAGAAGAAGAAGGUGUUUAUCAACGUGUGCACCUCCGAGGCCAUUCCAGCCCCGGAAGACAUCACCGACCAAGAGCUGAUCGCUAUCUUGGAAUCCGACAAGCCGUCAGAUUUUCGCGUCCCGAUGUCCAUUGGCCAGCUGCACGAGGAGAAGGAUAAGUCUGGCGAGGUGUGUUUGGCUUACGAUGUGGUUAUAAAUCCGGAAUUUUUCACCAAGAUGACAGACAAUCCUCUCUUCCAUAAUUUCUUCAUGAUUGCAACUAUGGAAGGAAUCGAGGAAAAAUACACUAUGGCCUUGGACAAAAAUGGUUGGACAGUACUGAAAAACAAGAAAUACCAUGGAACAGUGCCAGAACAGACAGUGAGGACCUCAGUGCCAUUGGUCCAAGAAUUAAGUGGAGUCCGUCACUGGAAACCAGAGGAUGUGAAGUCAGCCACAAGUUCCUCCUCAAUAAAGGUAGUGCCAGAGAAACCUCUGAUAACAGAGCUGUCAUCCAAAGCCAUAGAAGAUAACUCCAAAGAGAAGAAGAAAAUAGUGCCAAAAUACACACUGAGGAAGACGGGAGAUGAGCAGAAAAAAAGUUUGGAGGCUGAGGUUUCCCUACCAAAGAUGAUGCUUCUUGUGAGAGUCCCAAUUCUCCAUGCAUAGCCUAGUAUUCUUCACAUCAUCUACUCAUUUUAUAAGUGUAUUAUCUCCAUACUGUGUACAAUUAUUGAAAAAAAUAAUAAAAACAAAAUUGAAAA